ACUUACACCUAACUUUCUUGGGGAAAAUCUUCAAAAUUCUGCAUAACGAAGGCGAUGGAAACGAUUUUGGGGAUUAAGGGUUCAAAUUUUGUGAUGCUUGCAUGUGACACAAUGCAGGCAAAAUCAGUGAUUUUUAUGAAAGAUGAUCAAUCCAAAAUUCAUCGCCUAUCGGAAUUUUCAAUGCUGGCCGCUGUGGGCGAUGGCGGGGACACAUUGCAGUUUACCGAUUAUGUAGCCAAACAUUUGCAGCUAUAUAGAAUCUCGAAUGGCUAUCAUCUAAGUCCACGUGGUGCAGCGCAUUAUACGCGCAAGAAUCUAGCGGAUUAUAUCAGAACAAAUACAAUAUAUCAGGUAUCGAUGCUCAUGGCCGGCUACGAUGCCAUUGAGGGAUCUGAUCUGCAUUAUAUUGACUCAUAUGGCGCUUCAAUGUCCAUCAAUCAUGCCGGCCACGGCCUGGGCAGCCUGUUCUGUGGCAGCAUCUUCCAGCGCUACUGGAGGGAGGAUCUCAGCCAGGCCGAAGCCUACGAGAUAUUACAAAUGUGCGUGGUCGAGAUCCAAAAGCGAUUGGUCAUCAAUUUACGCAACUUUGAUGUGUUCGUUGUGGACCAGAAUGGUACCCAACAACUGGAAUCGAUCAAUCCUGCUUCUUUCCACGCUGAUAUUCUUUGCCUAUCGGUCCCUGAAAGUAUGGCAAAUUUUACUAAAUUUAGGUGCUUGAAGUAAAUAAAACUAGGAAAGUUCAACCUAAAGGU